CUUCCAACCGUGCGCACUGGACACGGUGAAAAUUGCAACGUCGGGAGACCUUCAUUCACUUCAUCAAUAGCUCCUCUUGCUGUUUUACAGUUUCUGUGAACUCGGUAGACGGCGGAUCUCGUUGAUUUCGCUCAAAAUGGCCAAUUCAAACAGCGGUGAUUGUUUUGUCCUGAAAAACGGUCGAUCAGUUAGAUCCGCGAUCAUUUUCGGUCGUAACUCACUAGCCCCGGAGGGCGAGGUUCACGAAGUUGUCUACUUCCCCGGGACGUCGGGCUCCACUUCGGUUACAUGCGACGGCGGAGCGAGCAUCGAUUGCGGCGACCGGUUUGGGGUGAUUCUGAGUCGCCCGGUUGGCUUGUGGGGCGGUGAAAGUGGUGGCAACGAGAAGGACGUCGUCGUGGGUCUGAGCUGGUCGGAGGACGAACCCAGCGAGGGUGGCUUGAAGGCCACGGAUAUCGUUAGGCUAGCUUUGGAACGAUCGCCAACAGCAGAAGAUGCAAUUAAUGAGAUAACCUCUCUGACAAAUUCUUACACAUCGGAAUCCACGAGAUUCAGUUUUGUCCUUUGUGAUCGCCAUCAAGUGUGGUUUUUAAGCAUAGCUGGUAAACACUGGGCCGCCGAACUUAUGUCUAGUGAUUUCCAACGCAUUCCUUCGACUUGCUUGAAUGUUCGAACUGAAAUUACAAAAUCGAGCGACAAUCUAAAAGACAAUUUGAAAGAUGCUGGCAUCUGGAAUGGAACGGAUGAUUUCAAUUUUGCGAAACUAUUUUGUUCUAAUUAUGAGGAACCAAAUUGGCCAGAUCCCCAACCAGAGGACGGACCGCAAUUCGGAACUCGUGAUAUGAUGGCUAAGCUACGCGAAGCUGAUGCUGACAAUGUAGUACGUUCGAGUCACGUUUCGCACAUUGAUAAAGAAUCGAUUGCUGCUCAUUGGUUCACGGCAACACCAUUCCCCCAGCAGUCUGUUUUCAAACCCUUCGUUUUCGCCCCGAAUCCAAAAAUCUCACCCCUUACUCAAAUUGUUGAAGGCGAAACUUUGACAUUGUUACAAAAACUGCAUGGUCAACGGAACUGGGAGAAAGUUGGUGAUCUUCUUAAAUCAUUGGAGGAAACGUGCUAUGAGGAGCUGAAUUCGUUCUUAAUUAAACAUCCCGAGGCAAAUUCGGAGCUUGAUGAAUUGAUGAAAGAUUGUGUCGAAGCUGAAGUGAAAUUUUAUCGCUAGAUACGAGUAGAUGUAAAUGAGUUAAAAGGACCAUAUUCAAGUUACUUUGACUCUCGAUUUUCUUGCUUUUUUCCCAAUGGAGAGAGACAAGGAAGCAUGUUUCGAUUUAUUCGCUGCCUGUGUUCUUUUCAUAUACCGAACGUGUAAAACAUAAUCGUGAUAUCUUUUAUUUGUUAUUUGCAUUUAUACACAAACUACACAUUUACUACUUAGCAUGUAAGCAUGACACUUUUUAAUUUUUAUUGUUUUUAUUACUUUUUUUGAGGCUAUACUUGUCUUGGGAUGCGAAGAAGGAAUUCGAAAUUGAUCACAAUAUAAUGCAAAGAUCUCUAUAAUAAAAACGAAGCUUGGCUGUGAUUAUCAUGUGACAAUUCCGAUCAAACAAACAAUCGUCGUAGACUGAAAAGAAGCUUCAGAAAUGCUGUCGAAACUUCUUCAAUUCCUAAUUUUUUCUCUUUUUAUCUCAUCGAAUCGAAAUUCGUAUGAUUUUAUACUCUUAUAUGUUAUAAGCUUUUUUUACAAAUCAUUCCAACUCACAAAACCAGAACCAUAUUAAGUCAAUGCAUCAAAUAUGUCAGAAAUACGUAUAUAAUAUGUAGCAGUUCACUAGCUUUUGUUCGUGUUGCAUGGCCAACAUAUUUGUAAAACUUAAGCCAGUUCUUUUUCAUCGAAAUAUUGAUUCCAUACUAUUGAAGAAGGCCCUGUAGAUUGCGGGAGUCCUGUAAGACUUUUCAAUCAAUACAACACACAUUACCGAAGAAAUAUAGAUUAAACCACAAAUUACUGUUGAUGGAAAAUAUCAUACCAAUUAGAGUUAAAAAUAAUGCCCAUCUUCCUUCCGUACGAAUUGAGAGCGUUGCAAACAGAACAAGAAUGUCUAGUUGAACUAAUUUCAUGAAGCUAAAGGGAUUUUGGUUGUAUUCUUAUUGAUAAAAUGAUUGCUUUUGUGCUUUUUAAAUCUUAAAAACGUAACAUUAUAGCGAAACGGUAAAAUGAAAUUUAAGAAAUGAAAAACGAAGUGGAAAACGAUAUAAUUAUUAUUAGGAUUUGUACCAAUCAUAUAACAUUACGCCCUACACCAACAGUAAAGAAUUCAAAAUAUGCAUGUGAUUACAAGAAAGCAACAAAAUCUUCAAAUAAAAUACGAUUAUAAAUCAAA